AUGAUAUUGUUGACCUUUCAACGACAUUGGAAUUAUUCAAAUUGCUUUGCAGUUAUCAUGUUCUUUUCUGUAUUAUUUCUGAUUUAUAUAAUUAAGUUUUCCCAAACUCUCUCAUGUCUUGAUGAUGAUGGUCAUACAGUCGACUGGUUCGUAGGCUACAAAUUACCAAAAGGUUACGACGUUGUUUUUAUGAACGCUGAUCAGAGGAACUGGAAGUUUUCCAAAUCCCCUAUUAAUGAAAAAGGAAUGAUGAAAAAUACGUUUGAAUCCAUGUUCAAGUUGGUUGACAAGCCUGAUUCUGUAAUCGGGAUGUAUAACGAUGAGAUUCCUAAAUGGACCAAGCCAUUAGGUUAUGAUCUAGAGAACUUAUGGUGGGGUCAUAUGAAAGGUGCAUUUGCUUUCGAUAGCACAAAUACGGGAUUUUGGAUUAUCCACAGCAUACCAAAGUUGUCAUAUACGAAUACAUCUUAUGUUUACCCAAGAACCGGAUAUACAUAUGGUCAACAUUUCCUGUGUGUUACUUUGGAGAAGAAACACCUCAAAUCUCUAAUUACACAGUUUGCUUUGGCUCGUCCAUUAUUUCAAGGUGCAUAUAUUGCAUCCAGUUUAAAGUCAGAGUUCCCAGAUUUGGCGAAAUUACUUCAGAAUCAAAAAGUGUUUACUGAAACACAAAGUAAAGUUAUUGAGUUGCAAACAGCUAAACGUUCUUUUCAACUUAAUCAUUUCUCAAAAUCAUCGGAUUUCGGCAAAGAUCUUUAUGCCGAUUUCGUAGCGCCAAAAUUAAAGAAGUCUUUAGAUACAGAAACUUGGCAACAUGACGGGAGUAUACCAUCGGCAUGUCAUCGGCAAUAUUCUGUGAAAAAUAUUGAAUCUAUUUACAUUAGAGCUACUGGAACCACAAUACGGAAUGCGCAAGAUCAUGCAAAAUGGGCUGUUACUGUGCCCUCAAAAAAACCAACUGAAGAUACAAAUAAUUGGAUUUGUCUUGGUGACAUUAAUCGACAGCCUCAUCAAUUUGAACGUGGCGGUGGUACAAUGUGUAUACAAGAUCAAAAACUAUGGCAAUCAUUUUAUGAUUCAGUUCAACGUGUAGAAGAAUGCUCAAGAACUGUUUACACUAUUAUUGCUAAACGUUUAUUCACACGAUUAUUGACUCUUAUUGAAAUUGUGCAAUUUUUUAAUACAUAA